GCAAAAUGUUUGGCGCAAAAACAUCCACAAGGCCAUAGUUCUCGUGAUGUUAGGUGGUGGUAGAUGUGUGUGCUCUCGAUAAUUUUUCAGGGUUUCAGUAGAUGCACGAGCGACUUGAUGUAGACUUGUCUCUGUGAUAUGCUUGUGCCGAUCAAUUUUCCAUAUUCAGCGGAGACAUAUCAGAAACAGUUCCUCAAUACUUCCACAUCACGUCCAGGGUCACUUUCAGUUUUCCCGAAUGUAUUGCAUUACUCUGAAGAGGUGGCAGCAAUGUUUAAUGGUCUACACAUUGGCCCGUCUUUGAGAUGUGCCAACUUGAUCCCACAAAAAGGCCCUCAACACAUUAUUGGAGGUCCUGUUUUAGAAGUUGUCAAGUCAACUUUUUCUCCUGCUGGAUAUGGGAAUUCUCAGAGGCUCGAAAAUGGAUUCACUUUUCAACCAAGUCUCACCCAAAAAGUGUACAUGCCUGAAAAGUCUUUGGGAUUUGGUGCUUUUGGUGUUGUGUGGUUGGUUGUUGAUCCGCGAACAGGCGACCAGGUCGCUCUUAAGAGAAUCCCCAACAUUUUUGAAAGCAUUGUGUCUGCUAAGCGGGCAUACAGGGAAUUAAAGUUGUUAUUCUCUUCAAGACAUUCAAAUAUUGUCCGCCUAAUUGAUGUCGUAAAAGUCAGCAAUUUCUCUUUAUUCAGUGAAGUCUCCGUCCUUUUCGAAUAUAUGGAUACUGAUCUGCACAAAAUAAUCGUGUCCACUCAAUAUUUGUCUUUAGAGCAUGUCAAACUGUUUGUCUAUCAGAUACUAAGAGGUUUAAAAUAUCUUCAUUCUGCUGGUGUAAUUCAUCGGGACCUAAAACCAGGGAACCUCUUGGUUAAUUCUGACUGUUUAUUAAAGAUUUGCGACUUUGGUCUUGCUCGUUCAGUACCGUCUUUUGAUGUAGAAAGUCCUUCGAAUCCAUUAACCCUUGAAGUUGUGACUCAAUUCUAUAGACCACCGGAAUUACUUCUAGGUUCGAAUUUUUAUACAGCUGCUGUUGAUCAGUGGAGUGUUGGUUGCAUACUUGGAGAGCUUCUUUGUCGUCAAAUUCUAUUUCAAUCUUCCAGCUUAUUUCGUCAAUUGGAUAUGAUAUUUAAUCUACUAGGAUCACCUAAUGCAAUGGAAUUAAUUGACUUAGUUGGUUUUCCCUCAUCUAGCGUAGAUUUUAUUCGUAAUUGUCCUGUACGACCGUUUAAUCAUGCCGCUGUUUCAAGAAUACUCGUUCCGGUUAAUACUCAAUAUUUUCAGUCAUCUUCAGAAAAUCCACCUGAUCCUGAUUUAGUUAAUUUGUUUACAGGACUUCUAAGUUUUAGCUCAUCGAAGCGGUUAACUGCUGAACAGGCUCUAGAUUCACCGUUUUUAGUUGGAGGUAGAGCUAGAUUUCAUACUUGUCUGUGCUGUUGUUGUCCACCACGCAAUCGAAAUUCAUUAAUUAACGAUUCAUCUUCCCACUGGCGUAAUGUAACAAAUCAAGUAAAUCGUCAUCAUCUUGUAGCUGUUGGUUCAGUUGGUACUCUGUCAUCAUUUUGUGGUACACCACCAUCUUCACUUCAUUCAUCUAUGCUGUCACAAAGUAGAGAUAUAACAUUGCGUAUCCCCUUAUUUUUGUCACCUCAUCUAAUGGUACCAACUUCUCUUAUACGUUAUAGACGUAUUAAUUUAGAACCAACGUUUCAAGAUAUACAUGAAUACACUCAUAUAAAUACUGAAAUACAAAUGAAUAAUUUAUUUGAAGCUAAAAAAAUAUUAUGGAAUCUAAUUCAGCAAUAUUUCCAAAGAGAUCCUAAUCGUACCCGAGUUGUUAUAAACAAUUCUUCGCCUAAUUUUCAAUCAUUUAUAAAAUCUUCAGUUGCAUUCACUUAA